UGAAGAUCCUGUCGUUUCCACAUUUGUGCUUGUUGCAAAGUCAACAACGCACCAAAACAUACUUGUGUGGUAAACGCCUUGCGGGUCUGUCUUGCCGCGCGAUUUCGGAAAACUCGUCAAAACCGAAUUGGCGAAAUGAGCACCACGGAAUUGUUCGGUGAGUAUCAGGCGUCGACAGAGACGCCCUCGUCUGCACCAACAGAUCGUAAAAAGGGUGCGGUUGCUCUACACGAUGAAGGAAGUCGUGGUUUUCUCGGCACCGUUCGUUUACGCAACGAUCAAACGGGAGAGGUCAUUCUUGUGCCCACGCCGUCCAACGACCCCAAUGACCCCUUGAACUGGCCUCAAUGGUACAAAAAUGCUGUGGCUGCCCUCAUCUGCUGCGCAAUGCUCAUGUGCAAUUUUCUUGCCGCUGGCCCGACAAUCGCCUUGGUAGAGACUGCAGUUGACUUCUUCCCUGAUGCGGCCGACCCGGCUAGUAAUCCGGAUGCUUUUGACGACGCUGUUGCCGCUGUCGCCUAUUACUUCACCACAACUUCACUCCUUCAGGGCAUCUCAAAUUUUGUCUGGGUUCCCCUUGCGAACAAAUAUGGUCGUCGCCCUGUAUACAUCUUGAGUUAUACCAUCUACCUCGCUUGUGCGGUCUGGUUGGUGUUUGAAGAGUCAUACAAUGGCUUCUUGGCAGGACGCAUCCUUAUGGGAGUCGGUGCGGGAGCGGCAGAAACUAUCGCACCCAUCAGCAUCGCCGACAUCUUCUUUCUCCAUGAACGAGGUACCAUAAUGGCCCUAUACACGGCUUUCCUGAGUGCCGGUGUUGCGUUUGGAAUGGUGGUCUCCGGUCUCAUCACCAUUGACCAUGACUGGAGGACGAUAUACUCCGUCGCGGCCAUAUUGAUAAGCAUGACUCUGCUUGCAGCCGUCCUCAUCUUUCCCGAGACGGCGCGCGACGCUUAUGCCAGUAGAUACGAAGCUGAAUGUCCCCUUCAAAACAUGGGUCGGCAACCAGUCGCCAGCGACACUGAACUAGAGCAUCACGGCAAUCAAUCAGCUUCUGCACUACGUAGACGCGGAUACGUCCAAUCUCUCAAGAUAUUCACAGGUGUUCACACGAGCGAGAGCCUAUGGAGAAUCGCAGUACGCCCCUUUGGCCUGAUCCUCCUUCCACCCGUUUUAUGGGCAGCCCUCGUGGAGUCGGUCACUAUAGGCUUUCUCGUCGCUGUGACAUCCAACGUGGAUGUGGCGUUUGAGGGCUCUUACGAUUUCGAAUCGUACCAAGUUGGACUGUGCUUCAUAUCCGGUGUCAUCGGCGCUCUCAUUGGCAUCUUCGCCGGCGGUCAUCUUAGCGACUGGGUUGCGGACGUGCUGACCAAACGCAACGGUGGCGUUCGAGAGCCCGAGAUGCGUCUGCCCGCCAUGAUACCACCCCUGAUAACCACCCCACUGGCUCUGAUACUCUUCGGAGUUGGGAUAGAGCAGAGAUUGCAUUGGAUAUGCCCCACUGUCGGACUUGGUUUAUUAAACUUCUCCAUAACGUCGGCUACGAAUGUCUGCCUAGUCUACGUCAUCGAUGCCUAUCGCCCUGUGGCUGGCGAGAUUACCCUUGCGGUCAUGGGCUUCAAGUCCAUCUUCGGCUUUCUCCUGUCAUUCUAUACAAACCCCUGGGUCGAUGACGCAGGUUUCAUGGACGCCUACGGAUCCAUGGCGGGAAUCGCGGCGGUGGUCAUUCUUGGAUGGAUUCCGUUGUAUGUCUGGGGCAGCAGGAUACGAAAGGCCACGCUUAGCUGGCCAGCUGUGAGGUUUGUCAGAUGGAGUCGCGAUAGGGAAGUAGGAGAGUAGUUAUGUUGUAUUCUUGGGCGACGGGGGUGGCUUUUUGUUUUUCACUACCCGAUACGUAUAGGCAGCCCGGAUAAAAGAACAAAGUACAGUAAAUCACAAUAUGAGUCAAGGUUGGAAUUCCUACCUAGAUAGGCAGUCGGUCC